AUGGGAAACGGUGGCCAGCGCAGUUUCACAAGACCGGGAGUGCCGGAAGCCAUGCUGAGUCGAAGACAUGAGCUGAAGACGAUUCAGGAAGUUUUGCGUCUGAUGGGUCUCCUCGAGUCUGCAUACUGGUUAGGGCAUUACUUGACCGGCGUCAUCGCGGGCACUUUGAGCAGCGGACUCGUCAUCGCCUGCAUGGUACUGGUCAAGAAAGAGGUGUCUUACUUUCCCCUAGAGCGCACCAGCGUGAGCCUGCUGGCAGUCACCUUCUUCUUCUUCUGCUGCCUCUACACCAUGCAUGCGAUGCUCGUCGCCAGCUUCUUCAGACACGCCAGCAUAGCGGUCACAUUUGGCGUCAUCUACUGGUUUCCGCUCACCCUCUUCCUGCCCUGGCAAAUGGUCGAAGGCUUCGAAUCUCCACUCGGGGCUUACAUCUACGCCGAUCGACAUUUUAAACUGUUGUCCUCUGCCACGCCUUGCCUGGGCACCUACUGGGUGCUCAAGAUCAUCGGCCUCUCCGUCGAUUACACAGGUGGAGGUAGCGCCAACUGGGAGUUGAUAACGAAGAAUGUUUUGGAAAUGGACAACGUCUCCAUACUGGAAAUAUGGUCUGUCAUGGCGGCCACAUGCGUAACCAUCGCACUCUUUCUGUGGUAUUUUACGAAGAUUUUUCCCUGGACAGCGGGAAUCCCACAGCCCUUCUACUUCCCAGUCACGUUGAAACGAUCCUUUCUCCUGUACAUCUUACAGGAAUUUGGUGAACUCAAGGCGUUGGACGGCGUUGACUUGAAAGCGUAUCCGCGCCAAAUAACGGUGCUUCUCGGUCACAACGGAGCUGGCAAAACCACCCUGAUGAAUAUUGUUACCGGUAUGUUUUCUCCGACCAAAGGAAAGGUGAUUGUCUGCGGUAUCGACGUGGCAAAGAACACCGAGAGAGCUCGUGAGAAUGUCAGUUUCUGCCAGCAGCACAAUGUUUUCUUCAGCGACCUCACAGUCUGGGAACAUCUCAUGUUCUUUGGAUCGCUGAAAGGUGUCCAUCACUCCGUGAUACGAGAGAAGAUUUCCCGCGUUCUCGAAACCGUCAAGUUGUCCGACAAAUGUUACAGCUUCUGCAACACCUUGUCAGGCGGAAUGAAAAAACGGCUCAGCGUCGCAAUCGCCACCAUCUCCAGCCCCAAGGGAAACAUUAUCUGUCUCCAGGUGAUCGUCCUCGACGAGCCUUCGGCCGGAAUGGACCCGGAAAACAGGCGAGACAUGUGGAGCCUGUUUCUGCACCUGCGCAAGCGAAGCACGCUCAUAAUCUCCACGCACGACAUGGAAGAGGCGGACACUUUGGCCGACAACAUUGUCGUCAUGCGCCGCGGGAAAGUGCAUUGCAGCGGAUCGCCCUCCUUCCUGAAGAAGGCUUUUGGCUACAGGCUGACAAUCGAGAAGAAUGACGCGGUGUUUCAGCUGGAUAGGGUGAUCAAGAUUGUGCGUCAGUUUGUUUCAACCGCGAACGUACAGAAUGACAAGUUGAACGAGGUGACUUUGGAUCUUGGAGUGAGUGAGCCGGAUGGAUUCACCAGCAUGUUUGAGAGUUUAGAGAGGCACAGCGAAGAACUCGGAGUUCAGUCCAUUGGUGUGAAGGUGACUACCAUUGAAGACGUGUACGUGAACAACUUGUACAUGUCUGCCCUCAACGCGCCGUUCGCAGACGCGGACCUUCGCGCCGUCAGCUGCGUCCCGCCAAAGCGCCCCACCGCUCUGGGACGCUUCUCGGCGCUGCUGGCGAAGCGACGCCUGUACUUCAGCCGCGUUUGGACGGUGCCCGUGGUCUGCUGGGUCGUUCCCACCCUCGUGUUCCUCGGCCAGCUCAAGCUGGAGCACGACCUGGUCAGCAAGAGGAACUCCGUCGCCGCCAUGUUCAACUUCGUGCCUCCGAUCGGAAGCAGGCAGCGUCUGAAGGUCGACACGCGGCUCCUCUACCCGGAGGGCAACGUGUUCCUCGAUCACGACAACUUCUCGUCCGAGUUCGUGAGCCGACACUUCGGGGGACUUGCCGACGAAAGCGUUCCCAGACUGGUGACCCUAAGCUCGGCCCAAGACGAGCUCGUCUCGAUAGGCAGCAGGAACUUUCUCGAGUACACGGGGGCCUACACGUUCGGCUGCGUCUUCUGGGGAGACCCGCUAGAAGCAUUGUGGAAUCCUUAUGCCACACUGAGCAGCGUCAUAGCUCUCAACGCGUUGAACUCGGCUGUGCUGCGCUACCUUUCCGAUGAUGCGGGAGCCAAAUUCCAAAUGAACAUUCAGCUUGAUAAAGAAGAGAACUCGGCGGUGGGCUCUGGCUUGGACUUCAGCAAGGCCGCGUGGCGCGACAUGCUCGAGGUGGCCCUGCUCAUGUUCAGCCGGGCCGUGUUCGUACCGCUGGGCACGGCGUUCGUGGUGGCCGCCUCGGUCCUCUUUCCGGUCGCCGAGAGCGCCAGCGGCGUCCGGGCGCUCCAGCUGAUGACCGGCGUCUCGGCGCUCCUCUUCUGGGCGUCCCACUUCCUCUUCGACCUGCUCGUCUACUUGCUGGCGUGGAGCGCAGCCGCCUUGUCCCUGAACCUCCACUACGAGCUCAGCAUGGAGACCAAUGCUGCACUUCUCAUACUGGUACUUGUAUUCUCGCUCGUCGGCAUAUCAACGUCAUAUGCUGUGGCGUCAUUCGCCAAGAGUGCAGCGGGCGCCUUCACGUUCGUGGUCCUCUUCUUCUUUUUCGGAGGUGCGACUCCCCUCUUCGUGUUUAUGGUCCUGAUGAUGCUGCGAGUCUCCGAGGGCCUGCCGUCACCACGCUGGAUUCCGCUGGCCCUUCUGCCGCUGCCGCCGUUCACGUUCCCCUGGAGCGUCAUCAAGGUUCUCCAGCUCGACUCCGAGAACAGCCACUGCCUGCGGUACAGCACCACCAAGGUCGGCGACCUCUACGUGCUGGACAUGUUCUGCGUCGCACUCCAAAACGGCCACCGAUUUCCCGGCGGAAUCCACUACUGCUGCGAACGUUACGCAUCCAACUCAACCGUUGGUGUGGAUACGUUGAGUCCUUUAAGUUUUCACGAAGCGGGAGUGGCCCUGGAAAUUCUGGUCAUGGCCGCCGAAGGAGUCCUUCUCUUCGCGUUUAUCGUCUGGAAGGACUCGGGCCCGCGAAACGUCUUCCCGUCUUCCAGAAGCAAGAAAACGAAUUCUAAUGGACACCUUGACGCGGACGUUCAGAGGGAGAAGGAUCUAGUCCAAGAUAUGCGUGUCCAAAGCCAAGCACUGGUUCACACGAUGGUGGUGGAUGACUUGCACAAGGUGUACGGCUCCUUGCACGCCGUUCAGGGUCUCAACUUGGCUGUCAGAUCGGGAGAAUGCGUGGGCUUGCUUGGCGUCAAUGGUGCCGGAAAAACGACCACGUUCCAAAUGUUGGCCGGACUGUUGCCGGCAACCAGCGGGGACGCCUUUAGGAACGACGUUGUGCUCUCCAAGCAGCCAAGAAAGUGGCAGUCCAACAUCGGCUACUGCCCGCAGUCUGAGGGUCUCCUGGCAAAGCUGACUGCGUUCGAGUUCCUUCGCCUGUUCGCCUGUCUGCGCGGUGUACCGGGCUCCGACGUUGAGCUCCUUGUGGCGAGCAUAAUCAAUGUGGUCAAGCUUGCUGCACACGCGCACAAACGAUGCGAGACCUAUAGCGGAGGCAACAGGCGGAAACUGUCCAUUGCCGCGGCGCUUUUGGGGCUCCCAGGCCUGGUGUUUCUCGACGAGCCGACGGCGGGAAUCGACGUCGUCGCCAGGAAAGACAUCUUCCGGGCCCUGGAGAGAAUCAAACGCGCUUCGGGGGUCUCCAUUGUCCUCACGUCGCACAGUAUGGCUGAAUGUGAACUAGCCUGCGACCGCAUCGGAAUCAUGGUGACGGGGCAGUUUCGGUGCUUGGGGACGCUGCCCCAUCUCAAGUCCAGGUUCGGCCAGGGCUACGUCAUGAGCGUCAAAGUGGCGGCGGGUGGUGACGUCGACUUCAAGAUGGUUCGGGAAGCUGUUCAGAAGGUUUUCCCGAGAACGCAGCUCCGGCAUUUUCACGGGGGUAGACUCGAAUACCUCUUGGAAGCCAAGAUCCCGUGGAGCGAAGUCUUUGGGAAGGUAGACGUGCUCCGGCAGUCACUGCAGCUCGAGCACGUGCUCAUCUCAGACACGACGUUGGAACAAAUUUUCAUCGGAUUCGCAGACGCUAAUCAGGGCGAUCUAUCUUCUAUCAUACCCACAAACGCGCUAACGUAG